UCCCCUUCUAAUUGUGGCUCAAAUCCAUGACUAUCUUUUCUCUCCUAGUCUUAUUGCUCUUCAUGUUAAACACUUCAACAGCUGCACAAACAUGGGUCAAGUCCGGUUACUGGUACGCUGGUAGCGAGUUCCCCGUUCCCAACAUAAACUCAGGCCUUUUCACUCACCUCAUAUGUGCUUUCGCAUUCAUCAAUCCUUCGACCAACGAGCUGUUCUUGAGACCAUCUGACGAGCCAUUUGUCGCAACGUUUGCAUCAACCGUUAAAAAGACUAACCCAUCCGUUAUACCACUUCUAUCGAUAUGGACACAAAAUGAAUUUGGAAAUAAUAAAAAUGAUAACUCCUCGAUUUUUUUAGAGAUGGUCAAGAAUCCUGUUUCUAGGAAAAGUUUUGUUGAGUCUUCAAUAAAUAUGGCCCGGUUAUAUGGGUUUGAAGGAUUUGAUCUUUACAUCGCUAAUGUGUUAAGUGCAAAAGGAAACUUGACCAACUUAGGAACUUUAUUUGACGAGUGGCGGGCUGCUGUUGAAAAGGAAAGCCUGAUCAUGAUCAUGGCAGGUCAUUACUCACCUGAACUCGACUCCAUGAGUUAUCCCGUUGACUCGAUAAGCAUGAACUUUGACUGGGUGCAUCUUAGAUCAUAUGACUAUCAUACACCUUUUACUAUAAAUUCCACAGCCGCUCAUGCUGCUUUAUAUGAUCCGUCUAGCCAUGUCAACACGGAUUAUGGUUUAAAUCAAUGGAUCAAAAGAGGGUUACCCGCAAGAAAAUUGGUUAUGGGCUUAGCAUACCAUGGCUAUGCUUGGACGCUUAUGGAUCCUAAAAAUAAUGGUAUUGGUGCCCCGGCCAAAGGUGAGACUAUUAUAAAUGACGGGUCAAUAAGUUAUGAGUUUAUCAAGAAGUACUGGAGUAAUGGGGUUACCACUGUGUAUAAUUCAACAUAUGAGAUGAAUUAUAUCGCAAAUUAUUAUUCCUGGAUUGGGUUUGAUGAUGUGGAAGCUAUUAAAAAUAAAGUUGCUUAUGCAAAAGAGAAGGGGCUUCUUGGUUUUAGUGUAUGGCAAGUCUCGAACGAUUACAACUGGGAACUCUCAAAGGCUGCUGCACAAGAAGAAGAUAAAUACAGUCAUUCCCAGCAAGCUUUGGUGAUUACUUUGUGCAUAAUUGGUUCCGUUAUCAUGCUACUAGGCAGCAUAGUUUGUUACCUGAGAAAACAAAUCGCAUCAAAAGUGAAACAGAUGAUGAAUAGGCUGAAAUCGUCCUAUCAAAACCAGCAAAUAGUUAGCUUUGUUGACAUAAGGGAAGCUACAAAUAACUUUGCAGAAGAAAACAAGCUCGGUGAAGGUGGAUAUGGACCAGUUUAUAAGGGAAAGUUAUCAAACGGACAAGAAAUAGCGGUCAAAAGACUUUCACAGAGUUCUAAACAAGGGCUCGAUGAGUUCAAGAACGAAGUAACAUUUGCAACUAAACUACAACAUGUUAACUUAGUUAAACUUUUGGGAUUCUGCACUGAAAGGGAAGAAAAGACGUUGAUCUAUGAAUUCAUGCCGAAUAAAAGCUUAGACUUCUACCUCUAUGAUCCAAGUAGAAGGUCGAUGUUGAGCUGGAAGAAAUGGGUUGAUAUAAUUGAGGGAAUAAUACAGGGACUUCUCUAUCUACAAGAGUACUCAAGACUAACAAUAGUUCACCGAGACUUGAAAGCAAGCAACAUUUUACUUGACGCAGACAUGAAGCCUAAAAUAUCAGAUUUUGGGAUAGCAAAAAGCUUUCAGAACAAUGAAAUUCUAGCAAAUACCGGCCGCAUAGUAGGAACCUACGGAUGUGUUCCUCCUGAGUACAUAAAAGAAGGUGUAUACUCCAGAAAAUAUGAUGUUUAUAGCUUCGGGGUUCUCCUUCUCCAAAUCAUAAGUGGGAAGAAGAACUACAAUGUUUAUGGACCGCAUCAGAACUUAAAUCUCCUGGAAUAUGCAUAUGUUCUAUGGAAGGAAGGCAGAGGAAUGGAGUUUAUAGACCCUUCAUUGAAUGAUGCAUAUUCAAGCUAUAAACUAAGAAGAUGUAUGAAUGUGGCGCUGCUAUGCGUUGAAGAAAAAUGGGAACAAAGACCAUCAAUGUUGGAAGUUUCAGCCAUGUUAAGAAAUGAAUACGCGAGUGUGCCUAUGCCUAGGAGACCUGCUUUCUCAACACCUACAGAUGACGAAAAGAAAAUUGGAACAACCGAAGAAGUCUAUUCUGUUAAUAUUGCAACCAUUUCCCAAGUUUUACCUCGUUGAGUUAUAUGUGUAUAAUGGACCGUUAUCCUUAUUCAAAUUAUUUUCUUUCUAUUCUAUAAAUUAAGCUAGGACCCAUUAUUU